AUGAGUAAUCAGUGCAGUGUGUGCGACACGGUAAUCUCCAAGAAGGCACCAGGCAUCCAGUGCGGAGGUUUUUGUGGAUUGUUCUUUCACGCUAACUCCGUAUGUUCGGAUAUAAACAAACAUCAGCUGUCUCUCGUCAAUCUUCCCGGUGGUCGAUGGCAUUGUGGGAGUUGUCGAACUGACCGGAUCAGCCCGCCGCCCACGCGUGCCCCGCGUCCCAGUCAACCUCGACGGGGGACCCCGAGUGCUGGAGGUGAUGAUGAAGACGACCUGCGCAGCGAGAUUUCCCUCCUACGAGGUGAAAUCGCGGAACUUCGAAAGUGCGUUACUUUCUGCUCGGAAAAAGUAUCUGAUUUCGAAACUCAAUUGAUUCAUUUCAAAAAUUUAUGUAAAACUACCGAAGACCUGAAGAAAGAAAACGGUCUUUUGAAGGAAGAGGUCAAAUCCCUGAGUGCGAAAGUUAACAAUGCAGAACAGCUCAGCAGGGCAAACAACGUUGAGAUACAGGGUGUCACAGAGUGGAAAGGUGAAAAUCUUAUAAAUGUUGUGGAAACCAUUGGAAAACACGUGGGUUAUGCCGUCAAUAAAUCUGACAUUGAUUUUGCUACUCGGGUGCCUACCAUGAACUCCGAGAAACCAAAGCACAUAAUUGUGCGAUUCUUGUCGAGAAUGAAACGCGAUGAGUUUGUGGCCAAAUCCAAAUUCAAACGUAAGGAGUCCAGCGAUCCUGGUAUGAAGAUUGAAUCCCUAUCUAAUAAUAAAAUAUAUUUGAAUGAACAUCUAACUGCAAUUAAUAAGAAGCUAUUUAAGGAUGCUCGCGAGACAGCGAAAGAACGAGGUUACAAGUUCACUUGGGUACAGAAUGGGAGCAUCCUCAUGCGUAAAGACGUCUCCAGUAGGAUUAUUCAUAUAAGUAAACCAAGCGAUCUCAAAAACAUAAAAUAA